AUGACAGUCACCUACAGCAAAAACAUCCCGAACACCAAUUUCUGUGGCUUCACUAAACUCCUCUUCAGAUGGCGGGGCAGCGUUUUUAAGCUGGUAUUGCCAGAACUUGCUGUAUACAUGUUUGUGUACUUCAUGUUCUCAGCUCUCUACAGAUUCGCUCUCCCUGAAGACUGCAAGAGAAUAUUCGAAAAGAUCGUGUUAAUCUGCGAGUCAUUCAGCUCCUCCGUCCCCCUCUCCUUCGUGCUGGGCAUCUACGUGACCAUCGUCGUGACCCGGUGGUGGGACCAGUACAUGCUUAUUCCGUGGCCUGAUGACGUGUGCAUCCUGGCGGCCACUUACAUCAACAGGCAGGACGAGCGAAGCAAAACGUUGAAAAAGGCCUUCGUCCGCUACAUCAAUCUAGCCUUUGUUUUAUCUUUCUCCGUUAUCUCUCCUCGCAUCGCUAGCCUCUACCCAACGCUGGAUCACCUCGUCAACGCAGGCUACAUGACCCCGAGCGAGAAGGCGAUCCUGGAGGCCCUAGAUGAGGAGUCAAGCCACAACAAGAUGUGGCUUCCGCUGGCCUGGGCUUGCCUGCUGAUUGCCCAAGCACGGCGCGAGGGGCGGCUCAUCGACGACCACGGACAGAAGGCCAUCGCCAUCGAGAUCACCAACCUGCGAUGUCACUGUAGCAGGCUUCAGGAAUACCACACCAUGAGUGUACCGUUGGUCUACACGCAGGUGGCCACCAUGGCGACGUACACCUUCUUCAUCUCGUCCAUCAUGGGCCAGCAGUUCCUCGACCCGGGCCAGGGCUACCCAAGCCAUUCCGUCGACGGCUACAUCCCCAUGUUCAGUAUCCUGCAGUACCUCUUCUACAUGGGUUGGCUGAGGGUGGCGGAGUCGCUGCUCAAUCCCUUUGGCGAAGACGACGAUGAUUUUGAUAUCAUCGAGUUUCUUGACCGCCAUUUUGAGGUGUCGUGUCUCAUCGUGGACGAAAUGCUGACUGUGCAACCGGACGCGGUGCAGGAUUUGGCCCCAGGAAAGGCCCCCGUGGACAAGCGCGCUCCUCUGCCGGAGGUCGAGUUCCACUACACGCGAGAGAACCCGCAGGUCGUCAUCACCAACGAAGUGAAACUGGUGACAGCAUCAUUCACUGAGACCAGCGUCCCACUGAGCCUCCUUCCCCCCGAGGAGAUCGGCCUCCGCCCGCAGUACCGCCAACGUGUGAGCAGCGCCCGCCGUUCCCCGUCACCUGUUGGGCCGAACGUGUGGUAGUGACGUCACUGGCAACUGGCAACUGGCACUUGACAGCCUCGAGCCCUAAAUGCAGCCAAAGAGAGCCAGGUGGAGGAGGACGAGGAGGAGUUAAUCUGCCUAUAUUGGGACACUGGUAUAAUCCGGCCUUGUUUAUAAGCGGAGGGAAACACAUGACUCGACUGUGUAUUGGAGAGCUAUGUUAAGGCAAACACGCACGCGCACACACACACACACACACACACACACACACACACACACACACACACACACACACACACACACACACACACACACACACACACACACAUAUC